AUGACAAUUUUUAUAUGCUUAAUGUAGAUGAUAAUAUUUACUGCUUUUGCAUCUAAGAAAUCCAAACAGAAAUAAUAUGAAUAUUUGAAUGAGACAAUGUUAUUAAUUGUACUUACAGUUUUUGGUAAUUAUGAAUAUAAUAUUAAAAAGUUAGUUUGAUUUCUUUUUGCAUUUUGAUCUUUAUUAUAUUAGCAUGUUUACAUUAAUGUGGAUUUAGAUUUAUUAGAUAAGAGAACUUGAAUAAAAAUGAAAUAUAAUAAGAACAAUAAAUGAUUGUAAUGAUUCCAUCAAUUGAGAAAUAGUAGUACAAUUAAUUCCUUUAAGAUGUCAAUUAAACAUUAGAUGUUAGUAGAUUAUCAAAUAAUUAAUGUUGA